AUGUUUCAGGUAAUGACAACUAGCGGAGAGUCGCCUCCGGGAUCAGGACAUGAAAAGAAGAAUGGCAAUCUUCCUGUGGUUAUCAUAAGCGAACCAGGAUCUCCAGAUGUGGUCGGCAAGAUGGAUGGGGUCUAUAUACAAGAACAAGAGGGUAUGAAACCGUGCGGUGUCAUAGCAAUUUCACUAGAGUUCUUUGAUUUCAGAUUUUUUCUAAAUAUAUACAUAGGACAGGGAAUGUAG